AUGGCCGGCCGACGAUUUCAUCACUCAAAAAUCAUGUUUGGUCUGUGUGCACUUCUGCUGGUUCUCACUGACUUUGCCAUCGUUUGUGAAGGUGGCAAAACAUGUCCUAAAAUGGAUCGAAGGAAUAGGAAGUUCAUCAAGAAGCUGAAAGAGAUUCGUGAUUCGUUCAUCGAUCAUCGGCUAGUCGGUCUUAAGAAAAUAGAAAUGAACUACACGGGACCGUUGACAGAUGGAGACACAAGCAGUCUGCACAUUCUCAAACAAAAUGUGCAAAAACAUGAAUGGGAUGCUAAAUGCAUUCCCUCCUUAUGUGCUGUCGGAUAUCGCAUUGGCGGAGACCACAGGCGCUAUCUCUUCACCAACUUUGCCAAGAGCGCAUAUCAAAAAGUGUUCCUACACUCGGCAAAUCUGGCGCAGGGUGUUCUUGGCUGGGAACUGAUCAGGGGAAGAAGAAGUUAA